UCUUGAGGUUAAAAGAUUGGUAUAGGACUAAAGCUAUGUUGUCAAAGACUUAUUCUAUGCACAUCUGUUUGGAAAACAUCUGUGCCAAUCCCAUGUUAGGAAAACGUUUUUCAUGUACCAGUGUAUAGAGCAUCACCAUCUAGGAAAAAAGUACUGUUGUGGAAACAUCAAUGCAAUGCUGAAGUAUAUAUGGGUAAUAAAAGUAUGUCGUUCUACAUUCAUUCAAAACCAGAGUUUGCCAAACCAUUCUGACCAUCACAGAGCCUUGAUUAUAAGACCGUUGUGAUUGCAGUAGAAAAUAGCCAAUAAUUAACUAGAGUAAAUCAUGCAGCAGAUUACUAAUCACCCAUUCAUCUAGUAUAACAGCGAAUAGUGAGAUAAGGAUAAAAAGUAAAGUUUAAGUCAGGAAGACUUUCAUUUGGUCCAAUACAAGACAUCAAAUACAAUUUAAUCAUUACAUGCUGUACCGCAUACCUGUCAAAUCUCACGAUUUUUAAUGUCUCAUGUCUCACGUACGUGAAGAUGAAUCUCGCGGAUCUCACGGGAUAUUCACUCCGAAUAUCGUAGAAUAAUAAUUACAAAUUCAUUAGAGUGCUGUGCAGUGCGAGGUUGCUGGCUCACUAUGUAUGACAGUUUUAGGCUACUAGUCCACAAAGUUUCAAUAUCCAGCAUCACGGAACUUCUUAUUUGGAGCCGAACCGGACCUCGAACCAAAUGCCUCGCAAAUAUAACAGUAUGCUUGCACGUGUUUUGUUUUGUGUGAGAUGGGGAUGUCUCACCGAAUUUAACGGAUUUCAUGUCAUGUAUGAUACCUGUGGUUGAAAUGAUAAUAUGCAUUGUAUACAUUUGUUUUGUGACGUCCAGUCUAAUACCGUAAACCCUAUAAAAGGUGGACAUGCAGCAUUAUUUUGAAAAGGUAAAUGAUACGUAUUACCAGUUUUAUCUUCUUCAUGAAGACGCAUAUUUCUUUAUGCUUGAUGCACCAAAUACACUGCAGUCCAUGUCAUGACCUUCCUACCAUAGAUGAAAGUAACAGGUGACAGUGCCACCUAGAGGUGCAUUAGUAAAUGACCAUGGCAGACCAGCAAAAGGAUAAAAGUGAUUCAUGGCAGACUACAGUUAUAGUUAGCACAUCACUUCAGAAUCACGAGUCGGCACGGCUGUUACGCGCUCAACAGCACCGGGUUCGGUUUUCAGACGGUGUCGCGUCUGGAGCCUUCGUUUUCCCCCUUUCAGGUUCAGCCUUCAUGUUAGUCGUCUCUCAGGAGAUUCCAGAGCCAUUGGAGAACGCUGACCUGUAUGAGAAGAUCCAGAAGUUUGUGCAGGUGCACAGAAAUUGCUUCCUCUUGCUCCAGGCUCCCGUGUUCGGGAAGAAAGAGUGGGAUGUCAUGGCAGCUGUACAGACCAGAUUUUUUGGCAGUAACCUUCGUAUUCUUCCAGUACACUGUAAUGCAAACAUGGUCAAGGGGAUGCUGACUCUUGCAAAGGCCACCAGCAAGCCCCAUGUUGACACGGUGAGAGACCGCAUGUCCCUGGUCCGUGCCCACCUCAUCGAGCGCAGUCCUGUAUGGGAGCUGCUGAGGGACAUUCAGACUCAGAUGCUGGCAGUCCCCACUGGCAGCUGGACUCCUGGAGUCUGAAGCUGCUUAUUGCAGUGCAACAACACAAGGUGGAUCGAUGACUUGAUCGUUCCUGGUUAUGCUAACAACUUUAUUUGCGUUUUAGUUGGCAACUGGUGUCUGUGCAACUAUUUAAUAUAGACCGUAGUUAUGUCAACUGUGCUGGAGCUGUAUGUACAUUUAUACGAAUUUUUGUCUUUAUAACUAGAUUAUACCAG